CCCUAUUGUACUUCCCCUGUGCCAGCGUGUCCUUGAAGGCACAGGCCUCAACUUUUCCAUAAAUGACUUGUUAACUUUGCAGGAUCAAAGGUCUCCUAUGAGUUAUCGCUGGAGUUUGCCCAGGUGCUCAGUCAGUCAGAGGCAGGCGGACUGUGCGCCACACUGUGACCACUGCAGCUCUCCUCCUCCACGUUUAACCUCCUGAUACGCCAGAGACAAACACUGCAGACAUGGACAACAUCUAUGACACCAUAGCUGACGGAAGUGAGCACGAAGAGCGCCGUGAUGGAGCCGACAGCCCCGACAGAGAGCCCAGAUCUGAGAGCCCAGGAGAGGCGCAGGAGCAGCUGCACAGCGAGGUGCAGGUCCACGUCUCUGCGAAGGGGGAGCGCAGCUCCCCGGACUACAUGGACACCAGAGACAAAGAAAGAAGCUCUUCCUCCUCAUCCAGCGAUGAUGAAGAGGUUAAAGCAGAGGAAAAGGUUGAGGUGCAUGUGGAGCCAGUGGUGGAGGAGGUGAAAAUGGAGGAAGUGAACGGCGAGGCGCACGGCGGAUCCAGGCGCUCCUCCUCGGCCUCCUCAGCAUUCUCCGCUUCCCCCGGAGACCCGUGCGACGACCCGCCGAUCCAGCCCUGGGUACAGGAUGAGGAUAACGCGGAAGAUGGGAUGUUGAUGUCGUACACACACCCCAACACUGACAGCACACCGGAGGAGUGUGUCGACUACAGCUUGAAGACUCUGGAGAGUGUCACUCUGGAUGAGAGCAGCGCUGCGCCGGCUGAUCCCAGCCAGCCUGACAUCUCUCUGUUCGUCAAGGCGGGCAACGAUGGAGAAAGCAUCGGCAACUGUCCCUUCUCUCAGCGCCUCUUCAUGAUCCUCUGGCUCAAAGGAGUCGUGUUCAACGUCACCACCGUCGACCUCAAAAGAAAGCCCGCAGAUCUGCACAACCUGGCUCCCGGGACACACCCUCCUUUCCUGACAUUCAACGGAGAAGUCAAGACCGACAUCAACAAGAUUGAGGAGUUUCUGGAGGAGACGCUGUGUCCUCCAAAGUAUCCCAAACUUGCCGCCAAGCAGAGAGAGUCGAACACAGCUGGAAACGACAUCUUCGCCAAGUUCUCAGCCUACAUCAAGAACACCAAACCAGAGGCCAACGCCGUUCUAGAGAAAGGUUUGACCAAGGCCCUGAAGAAGCUGGACGAUUACCUGAACAGCGUCCUGCCAGAUGAGAUCGACGCAGACAGCAUGGAGGAGGAGAAAGGCUCCACCCGAUGCUUCCUGGAUGGAAAUGAGCUCACUCUCGCAGACUGCAACCUGCUGCCCAAACUGCACAUAGUCAAGGUUGUCGCUAAAGAGUACCGCAACUACGACAUCCCCUCAGACAUGACGGGGGUGUGGCGGUAUCUGAAGAAUGCCUACACACGUGAUGAAUUCACCAACACCUGUGCUGCUGACUCCGAGAUCGAGACCGCCUACAAAGAUGUGGCGAGAAGACUGGCCAAGUAACUCGCCAACCGACCUGAGCUCAGACGAAAUAAACUACAAACACAACAAACAAAACCAUCAUCACUGUUCAUCAUACAUGUGACUUUAGAGUCUUCAGUGGCGUUUUUGUCAUAUUAAGCAGGUCAGAUGUUGCAGAUGUUAUAGGGUGGCUCAUAAUGCUUUACAGCUGUUCGUGGUGUUACAGUUACAGAGACACAGAAGUGGAGCAGACGAUAAAUUGAACACAUUUAACUUAAAGGGACAGUUCACCUCAAAAUCUAAAAUACACAUUUUUCCUCUUACCUGUAGUGCUGUUUAUCAGUGUAGAUCGUUCUGGUGUGAGUUGCUGAUUGUUGGAGAUAUCAGCCGUAGAGAUGUCUGCCUUCUCUCGAAUAUAAUGGAACUAGAUGGCACUCAGCUUGUGGUGCUCAAAGUGCCAAAAAAAUACAUUUAAAAAACUCAGCAUCAAUGUCUCUUUCCAGAAAUCAGGACCUGGUUACUCAAGAUGAUCCACAUGUCUUGUUGGGAGCAGUUUCAUGUAGGAACUAUUUCUACAACUUCUGCCGAACUGCAGCCGUAUCACCAUGCAGAAGGAAGUGUGCAUCUACUUGCUGAGAGAUUUGCAGUAGCACUGACAGGCUGAGAAAGACCAGAAAAUUGCCAGGACAGUUUUGGAGCUGCUUUUUAGAUCUUGGACACAAGGGACUUCCACUGCAGGGGCACAUUGAUCGCGACAGAGUUUUAUGGCAGCUAAUGAUGAAGCAGCAGAUAAGCUGAUGUAACAUUAUGAUCUGCCCAGGGCAUGUGAGUGGCUUUAGCAAAUAGACAACUAGAUGUCUGACAUCAUUGAAAAGACAGACAGAAAUUAUGUCACACAUUUUUGGUAGUGAUGAAACCACUAAUGUAAGUAGCUUAUGUCUGAGCAGUUUUCCUGUAGCUCCUCAACCCCAUCGCCAGAAUAAAUGUUUGAAAUGAAAGUCUCUACCAAAGACAGAUACGUAACAUUUGUUGUUAUGUAGUGGAUAUGCUGAAACUUUACAUUUCUGUCUCGAAUGCAGGUGCGUCUUGAGUCUUGAACAGAAAAUCCUGCUCUUGCUCAGCUUCACAAUUUAUUAGUAACACUAACAUUUCGGUCAUCCUGCUCCCGCUCCUUCGAAGAGUGCUCAACUCUUCGUUUCGAUGUUGAUAUGUGAUCAUGUUGAGGCACAAAAACCACUUGGUUAUGGUUAGAAGACGAUCUUGUUUUGACUUGAAAUACACUCUUUUGGUCGCACAAUCACGGCUGGUGUCUUUAAAAACACCCAGUCUCGAACAGUUGUCUGCAGCUGGCGGCCAUCUUGCCAAAGUCAUGCGUACGCUAUUGUGGCAGCACCCUUCAGCGAAAAUAUGUUCCCCUGUGCGUACUCAAAUUUGACCUUAAGCACAAUACUUGAGUAAAUUUUCUUAGUUACAUUCCACCACUGUAGCUAACGUUACAGCUCAGCCGAGGAGAGCGCCAUUAAUGUUUAUAUCUCGCACCCUCAUGAGCACGAGCCUCUUGUCCAUGAGUAGAUGCACACUUCCUUCUGUGUGGUGAUACGGUUGGCGGGUGUAGUUUGGUAGAGAGAAAAUAGUUCCUACAUGAAACUACUCACAACAAGGUCUGUGGAUUAUCUUGAGUAACCAGGUCAUGAUUUCUGUAGAGACAUUGAUAAACGUAUUUUUGGCACUACGAGCACCACAAGCCGAGUGCCAUCUAGUUCCAUUAUAUUGGAGAGAAGGCAGACAUCUCUACAGCCGAUAUCUCCAACACUCUGCAACUCACACCAAAACUAUCUAAAUUUAUAAACAGCACUGAAAGUAACAGGAUAAAUAUGUUGGUUUUACUUUGGGGUGAACCGUCUCUUUAAAUCACAGGUUUCAAACCACAUGUAUUUUUGCUGCUGUGAAACUUCUGACCUAACACUUUCACUCAAACACGAUUGUGUCCCGUCUGUAUUUAUUUCUCAUAACACAAAGCUCUCUUUCAUACAUAAUCCACCGGUCUGCACGGCCAAACAUUUUACUAGCUGCUGAUGUCAGGGUCGUUCACUUUAUUUAUUCCUAAACCCACAGAAGUCGAGUCUGACUCCAGUGUUUAUUAUCAAGCUUUGGCUCCUGGGGAGACACCUUUGAUUCAUCCAUGAUUGAUGACUGACGCUAACUGUUCACUGAAUAUGACUGUUGCAAUCUGCAGAUUCAUUUUGAUUGUCAUUACUGUCGGUGUUGCUGUAGUUGUUUUGUUUCCUUGAGCUUAUACAUAUCUUGAAAUUCACUCCUGCUUCUGAAAGAUUGAUUUGAAGAGAGAUUGAUUUUAAUGAUAAGUUUAUGUGAUGUCAGUUCGACAGAACAAAAUGUAGCUGAUGAGGGCACUGAUAGAACAAAGCUUGUUUCUGAUUUGUUUGCAUGAAUCUGUUUUUAAAUUGUGAGUUUCUUUUUAAAGGUCCAGUGUGUAGGAUUUAGGGGGAUGUGCUGGUAGAAAUGGAAUUUAAUGUCACCUGAAUAUCACCUGAAAAUAAGAUUCAUUGUGUUUUUGUUACCUUAGAAUGAGCUGUUUAUAUCUACAUAGGGAGCAGGUCCUCGGCUACAGAAGUCACCAAGUUGCACCGCCAUGAGCCAAACAGCAUUGGAAAAACAUUGAUUUGUAACGUGAAACUGAUUUAUUCAGUGUUUUUACCGGUUUAAAUCAUCUGGUACGUUUGUUUUGGAGAGGAAGAGACCUCUGAGGAUAAUUCGGCCCCCAGUAAAACCUUCCUGAACGUCUGCAUCUUAGGUUAUCAGAGAAAUAAGGUGAGCACACAUUAGCAGGUGCUGGGCUAGUGCUCCGUCUGCGACAAGCCAAACAGUGUCAGAAAAAUGCAAAUCUAUAACAUGAAACUGCUUUACUCAGCGUUUUUUACUGGUUAAAUCACCUGGUUCAUUUGUGUUGGAGAGGAAGAGACCUCUGCAGAUAAUUUGUCUCAGGGUAAAAACCACUGGAGUUCACGUUUGGCACAUGGGAGAAGUUUCAGCUGGUUGCAAUCUGCGAUAUUCACCGCUAGAUGCCACUAAAUUCUACACACUGCUCCUUUAAAAGAACAAUAUGUAGAAUCUAGGGAGAUGUAGUUGCAGCAAGUGAGGAUUGCCGAUUGCAACCAACUCAAACUUCUCCUGGUUAGAAUUCACUCAGUGUUCAGGAAGUUUUAACCAGGAGCCAAAUUAUCCACAGAGGUCUCUUCCUCUCCAAACAGAUGGACCAGGUGAUUUAACCCAGUAAAAACACUGAAUAAAGCAGUUUCACAUAAAAAAAUAAAUCUGUUUUUCUAAAACUGUCACUAGGGAGGAGCUACGAACAACAGUGACUGCUGCGAAAAUGUCCCCAUCGAGAGCCAGUGUUUGGUUUGUCCAUUCUGGGCUACUGUAGAAACAUGGCAGUGAACAUGACAAUCUCUAAAAAGAAGGACCCGCUCCCUAUCCAGACAUAAACGCUUCAUUCUAAGGUAAUGAAAACACAAUGAUUCUUGUUUUCCAGUGACAGUGCACUAAAGAAAACAUAGUUAUUUUGAUAUAUUCCAUUUCUGCCAAUACAUCCACCUAAAUCUGACACACUGCUCCUUUAAAAUAUGAAAAAUCCUCGACUAUGUGCCUUUGUUUGGAAGUAUCAAAAAUCCAUGCCAACGUCACUGAUGGACUCAUUCUGAAAGAAAUGUAUCACAGCAGAGCCGAGACAUUUGUUCUGCCUCUAGCUAUUAGUGUUCAGUCCAGGUAUUGAUUUUGUCUUGAGUUACACAUGAUAUUAUGAAUGGAGAGAAUAUUUAUUUAGCAGCCCCCAAUCAGGCCUGAUUAGGUAGAGCCAUUAGUGCUGCGAUGAAAAGCGUCUUCCAGGCUGGGUCCACGAUGGUCAGGAGCCCUCCGGCCCCUUCAUCACAGACACAUUUCCUCCGCUCUGAGGAGCCUAUCAACAUCCACAGGCUAAAGUUCAAGUUCAAAAGUUUCAUUGUCCACGCAGAGGAGGAUGGAAAUUUGUCUCGGGGCUUAUCGUCUUUGGCUUGGUGUCAGGCUGCAACUAUAGCGAGACUUCCUUGAAGAACCAUAAGGCUCUUGUGUGGUUUGGACAAACAUAUGAUAUGAAAUUGGAGCAUGAUGACUGAGAGCCUUGCUCAUUGCGAAGCUCUGCAAAUAAAAUAAUAUUUUCACA